AUGGCUUCGCUGUCAAAAGAGUUUAGAAAUCGAAGAUGUUGGAAAGAUCGAUCGAAGGCAUGGAAAGUUGAGAAAAGCGGAGAGGGAGUGUCUGGGAGUGUAGUAACAACUUAAAUGUUAUUAGAUAUGCCACAUAUGAGAUUUUCAUAUGCUUUAUGAAUGUUCAGGAUGACCAUCUCUGAUCGACUUAUACUCGCGGUUAAAAAAGGUUGAAAACAAUAAAGUGCUAAUUAGAAGAUAUGGAUAACUAGGAUGAGAGACAUAUCGACAAGUACCAAUUGCAAAUGAUCACCACCGCCCGGAAGCAGACGACCUCGAUCUGACGUAAUCUUGUCUGCACGUCGUCAUCAAGAACAUGUGCUAGAGCAGCGAGGCGACGGACACCAAUUACAACUGCAUCAUCUGCUUCAUAUACUGAGCGCAUUCCUGUCAGAAAGUUUUCACAACACAUUCUGGCUCACAUGGAAGUAGCAUAAAGCCACACGGACAUUCGGAUAGUGUCGUCGAAAGAACUAUUUCAGCAAUUUCAAAAUCGGUCAGGAUCACACGUGGUUGUGCAUGUGCCAGUGUAGCAAGAUAGGACCUCUCCUCAAGACGAUUGUUGUAGAGUAGCAAACGUCUGCUCGUGGCCUCUGUCUUGUUGGGCAGUAAACUGUAAAGUACAGCUGGAUUGACGCUCAAAAUGGGAAGUUAUAAUAAAUACGCAUCUGAGAUGUUGCGCGAAGUGGAUUGCUUUAUGCAAUGCCAUGGCAUUGAUGACACAUGUGACUUGCCACCUGGCUCCGACCAUUUCACUGUGGGACCUAAGAGCAUGAUGGCCUUUCUGGUCGACUAUAUCCCAACUAUUCGUGCGCAUAAUCUUGUCCAAGAUGAUUCCAGUGCUCAAUCCCAGCAAGGCAGCUGGUGUAAGCCGUACAACGUUCAGUGGGAGCCCAGAAUGAACUGGCACAGAGUCAAAAUACCGAUCACACCGAACAUUGCAAGAGACUGGUACAGUGAAGUGGAGCCUUACGAUCGUGUGAUGACCAUUGUAUGGCACUCCAUUAUGAUUCACCCAACACAAGAUGUGACAGCCAUGACAGACCCCCGUAUGCAGCACGUUAUAGACGCCAUGUGGCAGUUAGAAGGCGACAUUUAUCAGGUGGCACAAAAUAAGAUUGAAUACACCAAACGGAUGAAAAUGGAAACAUCGAAGAUGCGUAAAUAUAUUGUCCAAGAGAGGAGACGGUAUGGAGAUCAGCUGCUACAAGAUGUUUCAGCAAGGUGGUUCUUCGAUUACCCGGUACAGCCAUCCAUUCCAAAACAACCAAGACAAGAACAAGAGAACUUAAGUACGGCUGCUGCUACCUUUGUGCCACAGUCGUUAGAGAAUGCUUCUGCCACAAACCCAUCUCUCUUUGUAGAGAAGAGAGAAAAAACAGCUUUCAUGGCUGAAACCAGUGAAAAAACCAAAGGCCAAGAACCUGCUUCCUGUGGAACAAGUUUCUUCUGCUGCCGCAUUUGCUUUGAGACAUUUGAAGAGAUUGCAUCAAAAAACCAAAAAAUCUACGCCACAGUGUGUGGUCACGUCUUCUGCGAAGACUGCAUCCAGAAAUGUUUCAAACACCGGCAACGCUGCCCCACCUGCCAAAAACCCCUUGUGCCGUUCUUGGAUGCGUACCCUCUAAAGCAUUUCUUUUGGUAAUGUCUCAUUCCGUCAGGGCGUCCAUUACAUAAAAAAGGCCUAGGAGAUUAUGCAGACAUUUGUAUAAAGAAAUGAGCAAGUAAUACAACUGUACAGUAUGUGUGUUUUUUUUAAAAAUAUCUAAAUAAAGCAGUUUUU